UGUUCUUAACCUAUGUGGGAUUAUUUGCUUGCACAAAUGCCAGCAUAAACCAAUACACCGAAAAUGAUUUUAGCACAUUUUACUCGAUUCUACAAUUUCUAAUUUGACAGAAUAUGAUGAUAGACAUUGUGAUCUUAAAGAUGUCUAUGCUGUGUUGGUAAACUUGCUCAGUGAUAUGAACACGUGCUUCUAGGGGACCCCUGGUCUGACUUCAACAAACCUGAAGGCCCUGAGAAGGCUGAAGACCCUGACGGAACAGUGAUGGGUUCCACCCUGGACCUGAUCAGUAACUGUGAACAGAACUACAAACCCUCAAGCACCAGUUCAUCAGAACUUACAGACGAGAAGAACCUUCCUAAGCAGAAAGGAAUGCCAGGUGUGAAAAUCUUUUUUAGAAUGUUUAGGGAACAUCAUGUCACGAAAAGCCUUUCUAUUCAAAUACAAAUGCAGUUGAUUCUGCCUUCUGUUCAUCUCGCUGUCUUGCCCUGCCUGAUUGCUCUCCUGGGGGGGUCCUCAUCAGAGUCCAGCCGAGGCAGACUACAGCGGGCGCGCUCGACUCUCCAGGGCCUUCUGAAGAUCCCACAGCUUCUCAUCCUCCUCUUCAUGUUCGUCUGCUCCCUAGAUGUCCUGAGCUCAUCCUUCCAACUCGCCGGGGGUAAGGUGGCGGGGGACAUCUUCCAGGACAACGCCAUCCUCUCUAACCCAGUGGCGGGCCUGGUGGUGGGGAUCCUGGUGACGGUGCUCGUCCAGAGCUCCAGCACCUCCACUUCAAUCAUCGUCAGCCUGGUGUCCUCCGGAUUGCUCAAGGUGAGGGCAGCUGUUCCCAUAAUAAUGGGCUCCAAUGUUGGCACGUCUGUCACCAACACCAUAGUGGCUCUGAUGCAGGCUGGAGAGAGAAAUGAAUUUAAGAGGGCUUUUGCAGGGGCCACCAUACACGACUGCUUUAACUGGCUGUCUGUUCUGGUUCUGUUGCCCCUGGAGGUGGCAACAGGGCUGAUAAGUACCCUGGCCGAGCUCACCGUGCGCAACCUCAACAUCCAGGGCGGAAAGGAAGCCCCUGAGCUGCUGAAAGUCAUCACUGAGCCCGUUACUAAACUCAUCAUUCAGCUGGAUAAAUCUGUGAUCACGGGCAUCGCUAUAGGAGACCAGAGCAUGAGGAACCGGAGUCUUGUGAAAGUUUGGUGCAAGACAGUCACCACUGUCACCACUAACUCCUCAGAUGUCACCAUAGUCACUCCCAGCAACUGUUCCUCUGCUGUUGGCUGUUUACAAGAAAGCAAUGUCACCUUGACAACAGAGAAUCUGACCUCCAUUGUCAACGUUGAAAAAUGCUGGCACGUGUUCGUGGACACCCAUCUGUCAGACCUGGCCGUGGGGUUGAUCCUGCUGGCCGGCUCCCUGGCUGUGCUCUGCUCCUGCCUGGUGCUCCUCGUCAAGGUCCUCAACUCCACCCUCAAGGGUCAGGUGGCAAAGGUCAUCCAGGUUGUCAUAAAUACAGACCCACCAUACCCUUUUGGCUGGCUGACCGGUUACCUAGCCAUGUUUGUUGGAGCCGGCAUGACGUUCAUUGUGCAGAGCAGUUCUGUGUUCACCUCUGCUAUGACCCCACUCAUAGGACUUGGAGUAAUAAGUUUGGAGAGAGCCUACCCUCUCACGCUGGGCUCCAAUAUUGGGACUACCACCACAGCCAUGCUGGCAGCCAUGGCCAGCCCAGGGGAUAAGCUGCCGGCGGCAUGCCAGAUCGCACUGUGCCACUUGUUCUUCAAUGUUUUCGGGAUUCUGCUGUGGUACCCGGUGCCUCAGACGCGACUCCCCAUCCGCAUGGCAACCACACUGGGUGAGAGAACAGCCAAGUACCGCUGGUUCGCCGUCCUCUACCUGAUGGUGUUCUUCCUGCUCAUGCCCUCGCUGGUCUUCGGCCUGUCGUUGGCGGGCUGGCGGGUGAUGGUGGGUGUGGGGGCACCCUUCGCCGGGGUCAUGCUCUUCAUCUUCCUGGUGAACCUGCUCCAGUCCCACAGCCCCGGCCGGCUCCCUAAACUCCUGCAGAGCUGGGACUUCCUGCCCCACUGGAUGCACUCCCUCAAGCCUCUCGACCGCGCCAUCACCAAGGCGACUGUGUGCUGUGGCCCAGCCAGGGCAGACCCGGAGGCAGUCGUCACGGUGACACCAGACCCUACAUCAGCAGUGGAACAUCGAAGCGCCUUUGACAAUCCCGCAUUAUCAUAUUUGGAGGAGGUCCCCUCGCAUCCGCGUGUGUUUAAACUGCGAGGUCUGGAGAGGUGCAACAGCACCCCUCUCUAG